ACUAAACGCAUUCUCAUGUCGGUCGGCAUCAGCGGUUUGCUGUUGUAAUAUUUGCAUGAUUUUUUGCAAUUACGAUUGUAUUGUGAAUUUGCGCUAAAGUUUCAGAAAUUCAUGUGAAAAUUAGAAGAUUAGAUCAAUAAUGGCACCAACAACAAUGCUUCCAAAGCUAUCGGAUGCCACUCAAACUAUAUCAUUCUCCGACGGAGAUGGCGUAUGCAGUGCGGAGGUGUACUCCACGAACGUGAUGGUGAACACCAACGCCGGCAACCAUGACCAUGGCAGCUCCAAGGUUAAGCUGAAAAACCUGGUGGAUUACAACUGGGAGCCCAAGUUCUAUGCAGGGCAGUUGCUGGCUAUACAUACUAACGGGAAGUACCUCGCGUAUUCUAUUAAAGCUCCGAACGCCGUGAACCCUGGCACAUGGAGCGGCAUGGUGCGCGUGGUGUACAACCCGGAGCCCGGUACUGACCGGCGAGCUCUCAUCAAAGGGAUGAAGGGAGAGGUGCAAGACUUGGCGUUUGCCCACAUCCAAAGCCAGGUGGUGCUAGCCUGUAUUGACGAGCAGGGCAACUUCUAUGUUCAUGAGAUUGAAGUCACUGACAGCGGACUCAGAUGCACGCUCCUGGCAGAAGUCCGCGAAGACACAGGCGCUAUGGGGUCGUCGCACCGCGUGGUGUGGUGCCCCUACAUACCGGAUGAUGACGAUGAAGCCACUGACGACGAUGUGGCUCGACUGUUGCUCACCACACAUGAUAAUAUUGCCCGCAUGUGGAACACUCGCGCGCUGCAGGCGGCGGGCGCGGGGUCGGGCGGCGCGGUGGGCGCGGCGACGGGCGGAGCGCUGUGCGCGGCGGAGCACGUGGGCGCCAUCCUGGACGCCGCCUUCUCGCCCGACGGCAGCGCCCUCGCCACCGCCUCCGCUGACGGAUAUGUUAUGUUCUUCCAGGUAUAUAUGCACGCGGACUCCAGCCCGCGCUGCCUGCACAAGUGGCAGCCUCAUGGAGGAAAGCCGCUCAGCUGUCUCUUCUUCCUCGACAACCACAAGAACUAUAAUACUGACGUCCAAUUCUGGAAAUUCGCCGUAACCGGAGCAGAGAACAACACGACCAUCAAAAUCUGGUCCUGCAAGUCCUGGACCUGUCUUCAAACCAUCAACUUCACCCCCGGAGUGGGUACGGAGAUGACCCUCGGCCUGAAGGCCAUGCUGGACACUAGUGCCAGCUACCUGCUGCUGUCAGAUUUUAAGUCCAGGAGUUUGUAUGUGCUGAAUAUGGCGAGGGACCCUGAAGACAGUAUGGCAUAUUGUAAGAGCAUAUCUGAGUUCCUGCUGCCUUAUCCGGUGUUGAGUUUCUGUAUUGUUGAUGCGGAGGAACAGCAAACUAAAUGCGAGCCGAGCUGCGACGAGCCGCUGUACCGCAACGGGUCGGGCGGCGACGCCGACUCACCUAUACACUAUGAAUUACAUCAUGACGACUCCGGGUCAGGCGGGUCCCGCAGCGAGGAGUGGCGGCGCGUGGUGGUGCGGCUGUACAUCGUGCAGCCCAAGGGCCUGCAGGAGGGCCGCCUCGUCUACGAGCCGCCGCGACCGCCCCUGCAUGCCGAGCUGCUGCACGGUCUAUCAGAACUAGCACUAGAAGACAGUUCAGUGGAGUCAGCGCCCGCCACCAUAGCGUCCAGCAUUCUUCAACAGCAAAGCCAGCAGCUCAAGAACUUGCUCAUGCGCUCGCAGGUAGCCGACGCUACGCAGCCAGGCAGCUUAAUCGGUACCCGACCGGAGUCUCCGUCUAUCGCGCCGCAACUCAAUCUUAUGACCCCAGAUGCUUUCAGCUCUCCAGGUAAAAGAGAAGAAGAUGAUCCGCCGCUGUCUGCCACGCCAGAUGUUAGCAGCAAACCUAGGAACUCUACUGGAGGUCCAUUGGUUGAAGAAACCUUGGGCGAGACAGCCAGUAAGCUAGCAUCAGCCGGGUCCAGCCCCAGCCGCGAGGUGCAGCAAAUCAUGUCACACAGCGACCAUGCUUUCUUUAAGGAGGAGGCAGAGGAAGUGACAGUGGCGACAGAAACUCUGUCGACAACAGAGACGUUGUUCGAGGCGGACGUGUUCGCGCCGCCCGAGGGGGCCGCGCUGCCGCCGCACCCGCCGCACCCGCCGCAUCCGCACAAGCUGGCGAGCACUAACAGCGACACGUGGCCCUCAAUCUCCGUCCCUCAAGUAUCAGAACCAGUCCCCACACAGCAGCUGAGUCAAUCCCUGGGUACUCUAGCCUGCGCCGGCACAGACGACGCUCGCGCCGCCGGCCUGUCGCCCGCUGACCGGACUAGACUUGACGCUUUGGAGCAUAAGCUGGAUAAGUUGACUGAGAUGAUGUCAGCACAAACCCGCGAGCUGCGCAGCCUGCGCGGCGCGGUGGCGUCGCCGCGCGACAUGAUCGACGAGGCGCUGCAUGCGCACGCGCAGCGCACUGCCAGGGCCGUAGAGAGUGCGUUAGCUGAUGGUUGGGAGCGUAUAUCUCGUGUUGGCGAGGCGGCCAGUGCCCGCGCAGCCCAAGCGGCCGGCGUCGGCGCUGCUAGAGCAUUGGAGCCCCUAGCCGCUGCAUUACAGCAUGAACUAGCUAACAAGAUGGCCGCCACCGACCAGCUGCUGAGAGAGAAUAUUGACAAGCUCGCCACCAGCAAGACGGUAAUGGAGCGCCUAAGCACGUCGAUAGCGAAGUCCCUGUCGGACAUGGUGCGCGAGUCGUUCCGCGAGGCGCUGUUCGACAGCGUGGUGCCCGUCAUGGAGAAGACGCACGCGCAGAUCUUCAAGCAGAUCAACCAGGCCUUCCAGAACGGGACCAAGGAGUUCGCAGCGAACACCGAAGCGGCGGCCCGCGCAGCCGCGGAGCGCGGCGGGGCGGCCGCCACCGCCAGCCUGCGCGCCGCGCUCGAGCGACACGCUGAGGCACUCGCCACCGCACACAGCGCCGCGCACCACCAGCACCUCGCCGACGUCAUACGGGAGACUGCGCACAGCGUGCUGGAGAAGGAGUUGUGCUGGUGGCGCGAGCAGGCGCGGUCGGCGGCGCUGGCGUCGCGGGCACACUCACCCUCCACGCCGCACUCACAUCAUGCUGCCGACAGACAGAUGCAAGUAGCCCAGAUCCAAUCUCUAAUCGCGAGUGGUGACGUCAACGGAGCAUUCCAACAGGCGCUCUCAGCAUCCGACCUGGCGCUGGUCAUGUGUGCCUGCAGGGCUGCUGAACCCUCGCACGUGUUCGGGCCUCCUUGCAAGCUGAAGCAGCAUGUCUUGCUGUCGCUGGUGCAGCAGCUAGCCGCCGAUAUGGGGAGAGAUACGCCGCUUAAACAUAGAUACCUAGAAGAAGCUGUAAUGAAUCUAGACACGACCAACCCAGUGACACGGGAGCACCUUCCCGCAGUCGUGCGAGAACUGCAGAAGCAGUUAAUGGCCUUCCUCUCCGCGACGCCCAACCAUGCGCUCGCGAGGCAGCUGCGCAUGCUGCUCAUGGCGACCGAGGCACUGGUCAAGGCGGCCGCCUGACCUUCCUGUGUCUGCUCGAGGCGCCUGCCUUACUAACCACUAUAGACGAGACUGUGUGGACUGUGAAAACUGGACUGUGUGUAUUGAGACGCGAAUAUUAGACAUUUAAAUAGAACUACUUUCACGGAUUUUAUCGCGGUUAUAUUAUUUAAAGGACCCGAAACGUCGGGCUUAAAUAAUAUUAACCACUUCACUGUCCACGAUGUAGACACAAUGGUUAAACAAUCGGUGUGUAUCACAUGUGACUCAUGGGACAGGGAAGUUAUAAAUAUAACCGCGAUAAAAUCCGUAAAAGUAGUUUUAUUUAAAAAGACUGUGUGUGAAGUGAUGGUGUAAUUAGUGUAUCACAAUUUAGUGACAAACAAUGUAGUUUGGUGCGAACGUGUGGUGUAAAUUGCUUGACUGUGGUUUAAAGUGUAAAACUGUUAAUUAAAUUAGAAGUUUAUUAAUGAAAAGCGGCUGUACUAAUGUGUUAAUGAGCACAGGUGUAGGAUAAGUUAGCCAGCAUAACAGUUAACAAUUGCAAUAUCACUGUGCCCUUCUUUGAGAUCCUUAUAUAUGUUAUGACAAUAGAAAUUACUUGAAUAUGUUUUAGAUAGCGUAUUACAAUUAUUAAAAACCAAGUAAAUUACAGAAUGUUGAAAUUUGACUGAUUCUUAUCAGAUAUUUAAAUUAUUCAAGUACAUAUUAUAAUUGCAAUAUCGUCAGUUUAUCAUCAUUUAAACUAUGACUUAACUCUUUAUAUUAUCCUAUUUUUUAACAUCACAAGUCACCACAUUACACUACACAUUAUUUUUAACAUCACAUUUAUCACUCUAAAACUGAAAUGAUAUUAUUUGAACAAUACCAUUUUGCUUCUAAAGUACUUUAUUGAAUUUGCAAAUAUUUAAAGAGAAAUGCAUUAGACAGCAAAAAUAUCUCCAAUUUAACAUGUUAAAAUUAAAAGUACAAAAGUAAAUAUUCGUAAUUUUGACAAAAUUAUGAAAAGUAUAAUAACUCAGAUAUAUGUGUUUGUAAAUAAAACGCAAAAUUAUCUAAUACAACAUCACUUUGCUUGGUGAUUAUUUCACACACAAAUGCCUACUGUUUUUUUACUUUACCACACCCAAGUCUCACUCCAGUGCGUAACAAUUUUAUUAAAAUGACGACAACCGGUCGAUACCUUGUGAUAUUACGAGAACUAGUAUAGUUUGAACAUUCUUUCUAUGUUUUUAGUUCUAUGUUAUCUUGUAAAAUGUGUGUUUUUUUUACAUUAGGAGCGUAAUCUUCAUGGAGCUUAUGUUGCUUGUAAAAACGGAUUUUUUUAAACUUGUGUAUAGUAAGUUCAACUCAGUCGUGCGCGCGGCCCUAUGUGUGGGUAACCCUUGUACAUAUACAGUGACUUUGUGUGCGUGACAAGAGGUACAGUCGGGUACAAAUACAGUUAUAUGUGUGGUUGUAUACGGCUAUUUAAAGUACAGUUAUUACGUAAUUUAGUUUAUUUAUUUAUAAUGAUUCUGUAUCGCUACUUGAAAAAUCAAAUGAUGAAUUUUCGGAUUCGCUACUUUCACCAAUGUUAAUUAUAAAUUCUGACUCCAUGUCAAAAUGUCUAUAGUAUUCUUCUUUUUUCUUUUGUACAUGUCGACAAGUAUUACCCAACAUCCCUUCAUCAAUUCAUUUUCAUUUAUGAGUUGCAUUAUUUCCGUCUUAUUUUGGUCGACAUUAUGCGAAGCAAUAUAAUUUUUUAAAUUCCCCACACAUUUUGUUUCCAUUAUUAUACUGAAUUAUAGGUCUUUUUACAUUCUUAGCUAGAAAAUAUGUAAGGAGUAUUUAAUUCAUCUUAGAUAUUUCACUUCAUUUAUUUCUUAGAUACUGUCAAUGUCAAUUUGAAAAGCCGAAUGAGAAAAUAAUGAUAAACUGUAAAAUGUAAUAAUAAAAAGCUUUGAAUGUUGUUUCAUUUUUUUGAAACGCUACCUGACUCCUUAAAACAUUUUCUCCGUGAAGAUCUAGACAUUUUCGUAAACGACUGUACCCAUAACAAAAAGCGAUGAGAACACGUCAUGCUCGGACGACGUCACUGUCACACGAAUGAAAGUUGUAUAUUUACUAGCCGACGCACACAUAGGGCCGCGCGCAAAUCUGAGUUGAACUAUCUAUAAUUUAAGUUUGAUAUACAAUAGACAAUGGCAUUGAAAAUUCAUUUUAAAAUAUCUUAAGUAUCUUGUCAUUGACUAAUGUCUAUUAAAGUCUUAUAAAGCCAACCAUACAUGAUUAGUAUUUAAAAAAUAAACACCUAGGAUUCAGACAGCUAUAGAAAUUAAUCAUAAAGACUGUUUGUCAGUUUUAAAUAUAAGCUCAUGUACUGAACACCUGUAUGGUGCUAGUCCAACUAUUAUUACAUAUUGACUGAGGUUCCAAAUAAAAAAGAAAACUAAAAAAAAACGAACAAUUACUAUGGUAUAGUGGUACUUCCCACUAUCUACACCAUAGAUUCGAACGAAAUAGCGACAGAAAAAAAUAGGUUUAAAUAUCAUAAGAAAUCUGUGCCACUUUUUAAAGUUCUUUUUAUAUAUCUAACAGGAUACGCUCAGACAUUCACAAAAUGCUAUGAAAACGGGUGUCUAUUUAACUAUGUACGUUUGUGCGAGAGAAAUAGAGAGAGAACUUUUUUAAAUUGAGUUAUUGAAUGCAAAAUUAUAAGUGCUAAUAUAGUGAGCGUAUCGCCAUCUUAAAUAGAUUACACGGCCAAAACCAAAGGAACAUUAUUGCCAUAAAAAGAAUUUCAGCAUAAAAUAUGGCCUAUCAAAAUAGUCCCUUUACCGCAAUUUUUGACAUCUUACAAUAAUUUCUAUAGUAAAUAGGUUUCUUAUUGUGUAUUCUUAGGCAGUAAGAAAUUGACUCAACGUGUAUUUAUCAUAGUUAAAAGUUAAAUUUGACUACUUUAAGUGACCUUAAGGUCGGCCCACUAAAGUUUACAUAGUUAUAUGUGUUGUUGAUUAGAGCGCUUUAUAAUAUAUGUAUGUUUACUAUGUCAGAUGUUUGAUAUAUAGAGCUGAGUGGAUGUUGAUAGUUUUACAGAUUAAUGUUUCUGAUUUGAAGUUAUUUUAAACUAUGUUGACACCUCUUUAAUAGUUUUCUUAUUGAGUCUACUUUCUGAAAAGCAAUGACGCAUGCAUACCCAUAGAUAUCAUUUUUGUUAGUUCUAGCAAAACUCGAUUCCUAACUAAAACUAAAUUCGUGAUACAAGUCGAGUAUGGCACAUACCCGUGCUCAGCGACUCGACGUUCCGACACGACAUAAAGUUUGGCGAGAACUAUUCUCUAAUGAUUAUCUAAAAUUCGGGGACAAAUAAGUAAUUUUAAGUGAAUGUUGUCUUAUGCUAUUUUAACAUCAGACAUGAUUCCCAAUCAGUGAUCUGUGAAACUAACAACCUUUGAAAUUAAAAAUAUAUAAUUUAUAUUUUAAAGAAGACUGGAGCGAUAUAUAAAUAUAACAUCGAUGCCUAUUACUCACUAUUGUGUACGUGUACAAAUGCGCAGACCUCAGAAAUUGUAUAGAUAUUAUAUAAUUAAUUGAGUAGUAAGCAAAGGAUGUUUAUUACUGCCAAUUUUGUAACACACUGUAGAAACUAUUGGCUGACAAAAGACGAAUUUUCAAGGAGUAUUUGAACAAUGUUUAAUUACUAUGCUAUUUCAUAGUCCCAUCGGGCUAUGAGAGUAAAGGAAUAGUGAGUGCACUUGUGUCUGCGCAAAUACUCGUGCACUAUAAUAUGUCCUGCGCAGCUGGCUGAUCUCCUUAAAUGAGAACAGCCAUCGUGGUCGGGUUGAAAUCGGCCGUGGACGCGAUUAUUUCAUAUACUUAGAGCAAAAACGUAAUUAAUCCCGAUUGCACCCGGUUGUACGAGUGACUAUUUCAAAGAAUAUAUAUUUUUCUCUUUUACAUUAUUUCAAAUUAUGGCAGUGUAUAACUUUACAUCAUGCUAUGAUCUUGUCUGAAGUAGGAAAUUGAACUUUGGUGCUUUUUUUCAUACUAGCCUUCCUAGGUCUUAACAGUAUUGGCAGUAAUGGCAGCCUAGAAGCUUAUUAAUAUUUAAUUUCAUUAGUGUACGAUAGAACGCGCUGUAACUUAAGGGCUCCUCACUCUGAUAAAAACGUUGAACGUUUGUUAAAAAAUAUACAAAUUCUUAUACGAGGUCUAAAAACACUUGGACUUUUAUUAUUGACCUACUUUUUUUGAUUAUUGCAUGAUAAAUGGGCGUAUGAAGCGAAUCAAAUGCCUUAUUCACGACUUCCAAUGAAUCUAUUGUAAGAUGUGAUGUUUUUCUUUGAUUAUGUAAUUAAUAGAUAUAAGUAUGUAGGUUAAGUUUUCAUGAUACAAAGUUUCUAUAUACAAAAAAAACUAAUGGAUACGAUAUUACGUUGAUUUUCAAUUGCUGAUUAUUAUAGAUAUAAAAUUAUUGCUGAUUCCAUUUUAAGUAUUUGUUUUUGAUUUGUUAAUGUUGUAAUCGAAACGUACGUAUUACUGAUUUUGUGUUGAAAAUGUAGCAAGAGUGGGGAGUCCAUGUUAUUUUUUUUAUAAGAUUAUUACAAUUAUUAUUUUUGUCGACGCUUUAGGUACUCUUGACAUUGAUAGUAUUACUCUAAGAAAUACAUAAAUAUCAAUAAAUGCGUAUUUGAUUUAUA